AACCCUUUUCUCUCCCCGCUUCACUCUCUUGUCUUUUCCCUUUCCCUCUUUCAUUUCUUCCUAUAUCUCUUGUCUCCUUCUUCAUCUUCUCUCUCUCUCUCUCUCUCUUUCUCUUUAUAUACCUAUAUUUAUAGACACACAUCAUCUAUUAAUUCCUUUGAUCUUGUUUUUGGCUAUGGCUUCGGCGAACGUGAACGGUGUGGCGCCGUUUCUGAGCAAGACGUACGACAUGGUGGAUGACUCGUCCACUGACUCGGUUGUUUCGUGGAGCGAUAACAGCAACAGCUUCGUCGUCUGGAACGUUCCCGAAUUCGCAAGCCGAAUCUUGCCCAAAUACUUCAAGCACAACAAUUUCUCCAGCUUCGUCAGGCAGCUUAACACAUACGGCUUUAGAAAAGUUGACCCUGACCGCUGGGAAUUUGCAAAUGAAGGAUUUUUAAAGGGACAAAAGCAACUUUUAAAGAGUAUUAGUAGGCGGAAAACUUCUCAUGUAAAUGGUAGUACUCAGCAACCAUCUCAGGUGCAGAACACACCUGUUGGUGGGGCUUGUGUUGAAGUUGGGAAGUUUGGGAUUGAGGAAGAGAUUGAAAGACUGAAAAGGGAUAAGAAUGUUCUUAUGCAGGAACUUGUUAGGUUAAGACAGCAGCAGCAAACAACUGAUAACCAGUUGCAAACUGUUGGGCAACGAGUUCAGGUAAUGGAGCAGCGACAACAACAGAUGAUGUCAUUCCUGGCAAAAGCCAUGCAUAGUCCUGGCUUCUUGGCUCAAUUUGUACAACAGAAUGAAAGUAAUAGACACAUCACUGGAGUAAAUAAAAAGAGGAGGCUCCACAGGCAGGAUGAAGAUAGUUUAGCCAACAAGCAUCUCCAUAAUUCUCUUGAUGGUCGUGUUGUCAAGUAUCAGCCUUCUAUAAAUGAGGCAGCAAAAUCAUUGUUAUGCCAGAUUUUGCAAAUGAACAACUCUACGAGGAUGGACUCAUCAAUUAAGAGCCCGGAUGCAUUCCUUAUAGAUGAUGUUCCUACUGCCAUUCCUUUAGAUAGCAGUAGUUCAUCCACUCGAGUAUCUGGUGUUACCCUUUCCGAGGUUCCACAUCCACAAACUUCUGGACAGUCAUAUGUGCCUAUAGAACCACAAUUUCCCGUCAGUCGAAUGACCAGUAGCAGAUCUGAGGUUCAAUCUUCACCAGCAGUGUUUCCUGACUGUGUCAAAGCAGCUGAAUUUCCAGAAUUAAAUGCUCAGAAAUGCCAAGACAGUGUUUUAGAUUUUGGUAAAGUCCAAGGGAUUGGAACUGAAAGCAGCUUCAUGAAUCCUGAUCUCAGUUUUGUGGGGUCUGACACUGCAAAUAUGGAGGAUCUAGAAAUGAUCUCAACUGUUUUGGAUGGAACAGAGUCUAUUGAAGCUAAUGCUUUUUCACCUGAUGCAGAUGGAGUUUCUAAGCUUCCUGGAAUUGGUGAUGAAUUCUGGGAAUUGUUUUUAAGGCCAAGUCCUCUCACUGGAGAUACAGAUGAAGUGAAGUGUAACUCUUUGGGAUGUGAUUUUACUGGUGACCAGGAAUUGUCAUCAGAAAAGGAGAUUCAACAGGAAAAUGCUGCUGAUAAAAAACAGCAUAUGGACCAUCUUACCCAACAGAUGGGUCUUCUUGCUUCAAAGUCUUAAACUCUGUAUAUAUGUUUCUUGCAACUGAAGUGGUUGAGGUCCUUUGCUUGCUGGGCAGAUAAAGCCAUUCUCCUACAAAGACAACUGACAGAUAUAUCUUCAAACUACUUUGUCCACCCCCCCUCCCCCUCUUUUCUUUUUCUCCUUUCUCCCAAAUACGUAUGUCUGCCAUUGUUAGAGUUUUGUUUGUCAAUUUGGGCCAAUAUCCUAAUAAAAAAGUUGCAAACUUUGAAUAUCGUUACAUGUAUUUCGAAUUUGGCAGUUCUGUGUGUUCUUUCAAGCACAUGAUGCUUAUCACUAUCAGUACAAUCAACUGUAUAAUUAUACUUUAUUAGUUUUACCCUAAUCUCUCAUCUUUCUCCAUUUCU